GCUCAACAAACACGAGACCUUGGAUUAAGAAAAAAAGCCAAAAACUAAAAACGUUUUUAGUUAAAAAAAAAUAUUACAAAAAAUAUAUGUUUUUCUCUCUAAUUCGUCAGUGUUAUCGUUCAUCUUCGGCAUAUAGAGAUGAUGGAUCAUCAUCGUCUUCUUCUUCUUCGACUUCGACUUACACCGUGAUAGACACGCACGCGCGUAUGACGAGGACGAAUAUCUCUCGAAGAGUGAACCGUCAGGCGCCGCUUUGGUUGGAGCGGAGAAGGAUCAAGCGGUGGCGGCCGUCUCUUUCUGCUAUCUUGGAAGACGCAUCAACCCCCGUCGUCUUCGCCAGGGAGACUAAUCGUUCGUUUGGAAAAUUUUUAGCCAGAGAAACGGCGUCCUACUCCCGUAGAGAUCGUACGUCACUGACGAGAGCCUGGAGAGACACAAUCACGUACCGUAUAGCAUCACCUGGUUUCGCUCCUUCUCCGUUCAUGUAUUAAAAGUGUCAAGUGUGUGUAUUCAUUCUUGUUCACCAUCUGCAAUGUUUUAGUUUUUUUCUUACAUAGAACCUCCUUAACUCGAGAGAGAAUUUAUAUAAUUCUUGUAGUUGAUUUUUUUUUUAAAAACGUCACCGCUUUAUAUUUACCCGAGCAAUGUGAACAAUUUAUAACGUUCAGUUUAUA